AAAGAAAGAACAUACAGACAUCAUGUCAAAUCUAUCAGAUGAUACUUUGCGUAAGAUACUGGAACAGAUCCAUUCUCAAGCGAUAAACUCUCAACGUAAUCUCUCCGUGGCCAGAGCUCAAAUCCAAAGUAAAGAGAAAGAACGUAGAAUCUUACAACUCACAAUGAAAGAAUUGGCUACCGUUCCCGAACCUAGUAAAAUGUACAAGGGUGUGGGAAAAAUGUUCAUGAUACAACCCCGUGCAGAGAUCAAGAACGAGCAAACGACCCUGGAGAAGACAAUGGACGAUGACCUGACAAAUCUUACUAAGAAGGCAAAAUUCCUGGAGAGACAAUUUGAAGAGGCCAACGGACAAUUAAAAGAUAUCUUCCAUAGUCAACAACAACAAUCAUGAUUAGGUACGACUGGAAGCAGGCUGGUAUCCUGACGACGAUAAAAUCUGAAGCAUGGAAUCAUCAUAUUCGAGACUGUACGCAGAUGCAUCGUGGCUGUUUACAAUG